AUGGACUCCAUUAGAAGCUCACAAAUAACUGAAGGCAUACAACAAAUAUUAGAGUCGGUGUUCGUCGGACUGUGUCGUAAAGUGGGGACCUCACAAGUGGUGGCCAUGAGGAGAGAUGUGGUGGACAUCAGUUAUAUGGUGGAAAAUCAAGUGAGAACAAGUGAUGAGUUCAGUGUCAUGGUGAGUGGAAGUUAUGGAGAAGGACUCAGACUUAAAGGAUCAGAUAUAGACAAUAUGUUCUGGCUAAAUAAUCACCGUGUGAUCUGGGACUUAUCUCAAUCUCAGUAUUACAACACACAGAGACAAACACUGAUCCUCUGUGACUGUUCUGCUAGUCCACCAGGAUUUACUUUGUUAAAUUUACUGUCACCAAGCAUGUGUAGAGAAAUCCAGAGAGCCUGUUUUAGAAUGAAUAACAGAUAUUGUAUAUCUAGUUCUAAAUACAGACAGUCAUUAUCACCUGAUAACCGUACACAUGGACCCUGUGCAAGUGGAGCAGUUGGAACACUAGAAUAUGAUCAUGUCCACUGUUUUGUCAGUGACUUUUGGCCUCCCUCUGCCUCCCCAUGGAUAGACAGAUGUCACUCAUGGCCCCAGCCUCAUGUUGUUGAUGAUAUAGUAAAAAAUGGAUGCCACUUUGUAGCAAUUGGACAUAAGCUAGGAAAUCAUGAAGAUCAUGAAUGGAGAAUUUCUUUCUCCCGAGCAGAACAAAAACUUGUGUAUGUAAUGAAUCACUGUCAGUUCUUAACUUACGGCUUACUUAAACUGAUCUUAACAGAAAUAAUUAACAAUGGAGUAGGUGAUAAUGAUAAAUUACUGUGUUCCUAUCACAUGAAGACGGCAGUUUUCUGGGUGAUUCAACAAAAUACAAUACCUCACUGGUGUUCACAAAAUCUCCUUGAGGGUUUCUCGGUCUGUUUUAAACUCAUCCUCAAAUGGGUGUAUGAGGGGUUCUGUCCUAACUUUUUCAUUCCAGACAACAACAUGUUUCUGAGUAAAAUUCAUGGCAUCAAACAACAUCAAUUAUAUAGAAGAAUGUCAGAAUUGUAUGAAAAGGGUUUAGCAUUCCUGCUACAUAGUCCCUCCAUUAGAUCUUGUAUUAUAGAUGUCCUCUAUAACCCCAGAAACUCCAUCUGUACAGAUGAUCAUACUCUGAUUUCUGAGGCUGAGUUUGAUAGAAAUUUUUUUGCUGAAAUAUUACAUGCUUACCUACCACCAGGCAAAUUGAACAUACAAAGCUGCAUUAGAUAUCUACCUACAAUAGAACAGAUAAUAGGUUCACCCCUCCUGACACAGUAUCAAGUAAUUAUGCUACAGUACUCGACCGCUAGGGUCCUUCAGUACACUGCUUUUAUAUUACACAUGGAAACUUACACACAUAAAAGCAAACUGAGGUAUAGAGCUGACAAAAUGUCCUGUCACAUGCUGAAAUUAGCAGCCAAGUUUGGUUGUAUAACAGACAUGCUAUACAUAGCCAUGUAUUAUUACAAGACAAUUAGAUACAUGGAAGCUAUAUCUACUAUACAUAUGAUCAAGGUCAAGUUAGCACAGCCCUAUGUGAUGCACUGGUAUAAUGUAGAUACAGAGAUGUACACUGAGGCUUUAGGGGGACAGUCCUGGUCUACAAAGAUGAGACAGGCUGUAGCUUGGAUUUUCAGACUUGACAAUAGAAUCCAGUACAUCAGUGAACUGAUACCUGAACAACAGUCUGCUCUACAGAAUCAUGAUCAUCUUUUAUGUAUCCGACCCUUUAUCCUGUUAUACAUGCUAGAGAUUUUGUGCUGCAGACAUGUAGACACAAUGCGAGCACAAACAGCUCUAGAUGAUCUACAGACCCUAGUUCACUAUGAUCAGGGACAGCUUAUACCUUUAGAGUUCAGAGACAUAUCGUGGCAGAUUCUGGGGAUCUGUCAACAGGUGACAGGGAACCUCCAGGCUGCUCUAUACUCAUACCAACAAUCUCUCAGACAAGAACCAAUCAACAAAAUACAAACAGCUACAGAAAUGAGAAUACAGAGUUUGUCAAUGGAUUCCCUUGAAUAAUUAAAUGUUAGUUGAUAUUUGUAGGAGUUCACCUGAGAGAGAUUUCUCAUUUACAUAUCCUCUUCUGAUUUCAUCUUUUCUUUUCUGUCUCUUUUAUUACAUAUAUUAUAAAGCUAAUCACUAGUCUAUAAUAAAAUUGAAGAGGCACCAUUGCUUAUCAUAAUUUACAGUCAAACCUGUAUUAAGGAGUCACCUACGGGAUCCAUUGAAAGAGACCUGUAUAGAGAGGUGACCUUUGGAUAGAGGUUCAUCUUUUUAAAUGAAUUUAUUAUAUAUAAAAAAUAUGCCAGUUUAUUUGUGUUUAUAUAUAAUGUAUUUCACUAUAAAUUUACAAGGAAGUUAGGCAUUGGACAUUAGUGAUCUCACUUUUAAUUUUUUUUUUUUUUUGAUUCCGCAUGACUUUUGUGGAUUAAUUCAAUCAAAAUUCAAUGAAUCCUAGAAAUUUAAUAAGAUAUUUCUAUAUUGAA